CGAGCGCAGGCGCGCAGCCCGCAGCGCCGGCGGGGUCCUUCGGCGGUGCCGUCGCCGUGGCGGAGGGCGCCAUGCUGGGCCCGGGGGCGGCGCGGGGCUGCGGCCUGCUGGUGGGGGCGGCGAGCCGGGCCCUGAGCCUCAGCCACGGCCGGCCCACCGUGGUGGUGGAGCGCUGGUGGCAGGUCCCGCUGAGCAAAGAGGGGCGCAAGCCCCGCUUGCAUCCCCGGAGGCACCGCGUCUACAGGCUGGUGGAAGACACCAAGCACCUGCCCAAGAAGGACUUAGAGUUGAUCCUCACUCAGUCCGUGGAGGAUUUGGGGAGCCGGGGAGAUGUAGUCUUCGUGAAGAAGUCCGUGGGUCGCAACAAGCUCCUCCCUCAAGGGCUCGCUGUUUAUGCGUCGCCGGAGAACAGGAAGAUGUUUGAGGAGGAAAAGAAGUUGCGCCAAGAAGGGAAGUUGGAGGCGAUCCAAACCCAGAGCGGCGAAAAGACUGUCAGGUUCCUCAAGAGCUGCCGCCUGGAAGUGGGCAUGAAGAACAACGUGAAUUGGGAGCUGAACAACGAAAUCGUGGCCCGCCACUUCCUCAAAAACCUGCGGGUCUUCGUGCCCCCCCACGCGCUGAAGCUGCCGGAGGAGCCCAUCACGAAGUGGGGCGAGUACUGGUGCGACGUGACGGUGAACGGGCUGGAGACCGUCCGCGUCCCCAUGUCCGUGGUGCAGUUCAUGCGGCCCAAGACGAAGCGCUACAGGCACUGGCUGGCUCUGCAGGAGGCUCAGCUGGCAGCCCGGAAGAAGGAGCUCCUCUAGCGGUGGGCGACGCCGCGGGGGCCUCGGCACGGCCCCCUCCGAUCUGCUCCGGAGCCCGGAGCCUUCCUCGACGCGGCACUCUUCAUUUCCCCACCAGCAGCUGGAUCUCCGGUGUGCCCAGUGCCUGCUUUCAUACUGGUAGGCACUGGAGGAAGGGGUUAUUCCCCCGUAACGGACUGGGACUCCCUGCCCCUCUCUCCGAGGAGCUGUCUGGACCCACGGAUGGCUCUAAACAGCCUGUUUCUGUGUGUGCCCCGCUUCACAGCAGGGCCGUGGACACCUCGCUGCGGCUAAUAAACGGCUCAGUGUGGUCGGGAA